AUGUUGUCUCUCUCAGAUACAUUGGCUUUACUUGAUUCCCCUACCAUCAAUUGGAAGUCCAUCAUUGUCGGACUUACCGUGGGGAAAUAUGCUUUUGAAUCUUACUUAUCAUAUCGUCAAUAUCAAGUACUUAAACGUACUCAACCACCCGCCACGUUAAAGUUAGAGAUCUCCAAAAAGACUUUUGAUAAGACUCAAGAUUACGGUAGAGCCAAGUCCAGAUUCGGGUUUAUCUCCGAGACCAUUAAUCUAGUGGAAAACUUGGUAUUUAUCAAAUACGAUUAUUUACCUAAAUUAUGGAAUGUCGCUGGGGUUUUAAUGUCCAGAAUGUCGUUCAUUUUACCUAAGGCCUUUUCCGGAGUUAUUACCCAUUCAGUGUUCUUUUUUGGAGUUAACACAAUCAUUGCUUCGUUACUAUCUAUACCUGUUUCCUACUAUCAAACCUUUGUGUUGGAAGAGAAAUAUGGCUUCAAUAAGUCUACUAAAAAGCUAUUCUUUACCGAUUUAAUUAAAGGUCAACUUUUAACUAUUGCCUUGGGCUCACCGGUUUUAGCUGGGUUCUUGAAAAUAUUGGAUUCCUUUGGAGAUUCAUUCAUUUUUUAUACCAUGAUGUUUAUCUUGGGGAUCCAAUUGUUGUUCAUGACCAUCUAUCCAACUGUUAUUCAACCAUUAUUCAAUAAGUUCACUCCCUUGGAAGAUGGAGAAUUGAAAUCGGCUAUUGAAGAUUUGGCUAGAAAGAAUAAAUUUCCCUGUACUGAGCUAUACGUUGUGGACGGGUCCAAAAGAUCGUCUCAUUCCAAUGCUUAUUUCACCGGGUUACCUUGGUCUAAGAAGAUUGUUAUUUUCGAUACUUUGAUUGAGCAUUCAACCACUGAAGAAAUAGUGGCUGUUUUAGGCCAUGAAAUCGGUCAUUGGAAAUUGAAUCAUAUUGCUCAAAUGUUGGUCUACACUCAAGCACAUUUAUUCAUUUUCUUUUCUCUUUUCAGAUCCUUCAUUCAUAAUAAGUCCUUAUAUGAAUCCUUUGGGUUCAAGGGAAUUUACCCUACAAUCAUUGGGUUCCAAUUAUUCAGUGAUAUCCAAGCACCUUUUGAUACUGUAUCUCAAUUUGCCAGUCACUUGUUAUCAAGAAAGAAUGAAUUUGAAGCUGAUGCCUUUGCAACUGAACAAGGUUAUGCUCCUGAUUUGGCUCGUUCCUUAAUCAAGUUAUCCACCGAAAACUUAUCAACAGUCGACGCUGAUUGGUUAUACGCUUCCUAUACUUAUAGUCAUCCGAUUUUGUCCGAACGGUUGAAUGCUUUAGGUUAUGUUUCCUCUGAAAAAGUUGGAAAGGAUGCUGAAAAGGAAGAUUAG